CGCAGCGAAUGCAAAUUGAAAGAGGCGAAUUCGAUAACGAUGGCGACGAACGCAAAUCAAAUGCAAUUGCGCGCUGACUGCGAAAGUAUGCGCAGUCGUCGUUGACGACGGCGCUGACUGCGCAGUCAAAUUAAUGCAGCAAAAUAGACGAAAUAAUUAAAGCGGUUGCAAAGAAAUGGUAGCAAGAGAGUUUAUAAAAAUGCUUGCAACAUGCGCGCGAGGCCACAGUUGGAAGCGAGACGCUGACCGAAAACCUCACAAGUCCCAACUCCGCAUGAAAGUUGCAAGCAAAAAAAAACACAGAAAAAAAAACAAAAGGCAAAAUAUUACGCGCAAGAUAAAGUGCGAGUGUUGAGGGGGUGUGAGGGGUGCGCGCAAGUGGCGAGUGGAGUACGUAACGGCUUUUCAAAACAAAACGGGAAACUCGAAAUUAAAAGUGGCCAAGUGAACCAACAAAAUAUCCAAUAAAACGGGGAAGCAAACAUCGUGAAAAAGAGAGAGAGAGAGAGAGAGAGAGAGAGAGAGAGAGCAAGGUGCAGAGUGCAGGUCAAUUAAAUUGGGAAUUAAAUAUUAAAUGCGUGCACCAGCCGCUGCCAGCAACAACAAUAAUAAAAGGCAACGACGCAAAUGCAAAUGUGUUUACAAUCAGCAAUUGUUGCAAUUAUUGCCAAAUUAACAGCGCUGCUGCUGCUGCAAGUCGGCGGCGCAGCAGCGGCGCUGGACUGGCAACAGGUUAAGCCAAUGUAUCUAGUGUCCAUGUAUCCGGGCCCGUUUGGCAUGGCCUUGUCACAGACACCAACCACAUCACUGUCCGCCGAACUGGACGCGGAAAUGAGCGCCACCAAUGACGACAGUCGCAUUAGCAGCAGCAGCGGCAUCGACAGUGCAGCCGAUAACAGCGGCGAUAGCGAUAAUUUGCCAUCGGCCGAUGAACGCGAACCACUUGUGUUGAACCUAGAGACGACACCGUUGCUCGACAGCAUGCUGCCAGAGGGCGCCAUGGCUAUGGAUCGCAUCUUUGGCGGCGAUGUCGGCAAUCCACACUGCUUCCCCUACCAGGUGGGCAUGCUGCUGCAGCGUCCCAAGGGUCUCUAUUGGUGCGGUGGCUCCCUCAUCUCUGAUCAGCAUGUGCUCACUGCGGCACAUUGCGUGGACAUGGCUAAGCGCGCCUUGGUCUUUCUGGGCGCUAAUGAGAUUAAGAACGCCAAGGAGUCGGGUCAGGUGCGUCUAAUGGUGCCCAGCAGCAACUUUCACAUCUAUCCCACAUGGAAUCCCAAGCGACUGAAGGAUGACAUUGCACUCAUACGCCUGCCACACGCGGUCAGCUUCAAUGAGCGCAUUCAUCCCAUACAGUUGCCGAAGCGUCACUACGAGUAUCGCAGCUUUAAGAAUAAGCUGGGCAUUGCGUCCGGUUGGGGUCGCUAUGCCACUGGGGUGCAUGCGAUCAGCAAUGUGCUGCGCUACGUGCAACUGCAGAUCAUCGACGAUCGCACCUGCAAGCGCAACUUCCCAUUAUCGUUUCGUGGCACAAAUAUCUGCACCAGCGGACGCAAUGCACGCUCCACAUGCAAUGGGGAUUCGGGUGGUCCGCUCGUCUUGCAGCGUAAGCACUCCAAGAAACGUGUGUUAGUGGGCAUCACGUCUUUUGGCAGCAUCUAUGGCUGCGAUCGUGGCUAUCCGGCUGCAUUUACCAAGGUGGCAUCGUAUCUGGACUGGAUUAGCGAUGAGACGGGCGUGCAUUCACAUCAGGACACCACGGAGGCCAUUUUCUUCGAUCAAUAUGUGAAGAACUAUGCCAAGGAGCGACACAAUCGCAAAACCCAGCAGUUUGAUCAUUCAGAAUUUCACGAUAGUGAUGAUGAUCUACCCGAUGAACUGGACGUGCAUCGUCCGCUGCCGCAAUCGGAUGAGAGCAACGAGGAUGAUGUGUCCUUUGCCAUCGCAAGCUCACGACGUCCCCAUACAAAAUCCAAAUCAAAAUUGAAAACCAAAUCGGAAUCCGAUUAUUAUUUCUUGUAGCUUCAAUAAACAUUUAUUUUGUAAGUUAAAAGCAAACGAUCAUUUUGGCAUUUAGAAUCCACUGUUGGUCACGCCGCUGAUCUCCUCGAUCCAGUCCAAGUAAGAGGUGACACGGGUGAAGACACCGGGCCAGCCAACCUCACA